AGCAACUCUCCUCCGACAUCUCCUAAUUAAUUGUCCUAGAUCUCGCUUUGGUGUAUAUCAAGAAAAGAAUCUCCAGUAAUAGAAAGGAGGAAUAUUAUUUUUGAAGAAACGCAAAAAAAGGACAUACAUAUUUGUUGAUGUUGAAAAUGUCACAUCCUUUCAACACCUUUGCUCUCAAGAUGAAAGUACACUGCAGGGAUUGUGAAAAGAAACUGAAAAACGAGCUGCAAAACAUUAAGGGUGUUCGUUCAGUGGAAAUUGAUCAAAAACUUGGGAAAGCAAUCAUCUCAGGCAAAGUAGACCCUGCAAAAAUCCUAACCAGGCUUGAAAAGGUUGGGAGAGAAGCAGAAUUCUGGUGUGAACAAGAACAUCGUCGUAAAGAUAUUAAGAUUGUAACACGAUCAAAAGUGAUUGAUCCACUGAAUGAUCCUGACAUUAUGGCAGAACUGGAGCAAUUUUCUGACCCCAGUUAUGAAAUUGUGGAGGUGAACAAAACUAUUAAGGCGAUUUUCAAAGGGGAAUCAAGAAAUGGUGGCCCUAGGGACAAAAUUGUGGAAAUUACCACUACCAAAAAUGUGAAAAAACAUCAAGAUCAAGUGCUUACACAUAAUCAUGAUUGUUCCCACAGUGGUGGUGGACUUUGUGCUGCCUCUUCAUCAUGUUGUGGUGGUCACUCUGCUAUAAAUCAUAAUCUUGAUUAUAGAUGUUGCCAAUACGGUAAUGCUACUAGUUUGGGUCCUUGUUGUUCACAUGGUAGAAACUCAUGUUAUUACCACUGUCCAUAUGGUAAUAGUUGUGCACAUAACAGAAACUCAAGUUAUAAUUGUCAUUGUCAAUAUGGUAAUACUACUAGUUAUGGUUCUUGCAAUGCAAAUAGCAACUCAGGGCCGAUAUGGUCAAAUGAUAGUAUUCCUUCGGCUCCACCUUUGCCAGAUGAUUACAAUUAUAAGGCAUCACCAUCACCACCAUCCUCGGCAAGGCCUCCCCCCUAUUACAGUGUCUUAAGCGAUGAGAAUGUGAAUAGCUGCACAAUCCUUUGA